UCCUACUAAUGACUCAGUCUUCUUUUUUAUUUUUUUUAUUUUCACCCUUCUGUUGUUUUUACUUUCUUUCCUUCCUUCAGAAAAAAUAAAGAAACAAAAGGUUUAAACUUUUAUUUUUGCUGCUUCUGAUUCUGAUUCUGCACGUAUAUCAAAAUGUCUACCCAAUUAAAAAACCCUAUCUUUAUUGCUCUCUGCAUACUCUUUUGAGUUAAAAAAAAAAGAUAUAAAAAGAAGGAUUGAAAAAAAAAAGGGAGGGAAAUAGGAGGUGGAAUCAAGGGUGGGAUAUAUGUCCUUCAAUCAAUCAAGGUCCGAUAAAAGCGAGCAACAGUACCGAAAAUCCGGGCGAUCCGCAAGCUUUAAUCAGCAGCGGUCAUCCUCAGGCGCUUACGGUAAGGGUGCUGGCGGCGUGCCUGCCCCUUCACCGUCUCUUUCUUCAUCUUCCAGUCGAAGUUUUAAGAAGUCUAACAAUGCACAAGGAGGGCAAUCUAGAGGAACUUCACCUGCUGUGAAUUCUAGUAACGCGAAUUCUGGUAAUGCUCCUUCUGGCCAUAAUGUACAAAAUGGUGCGCACGUACAGUCCCAGUUACAGGGAGCAUCUGAUGCAGCGAUUGCAAGUGGUACUGCCAAACCGACUGAAUCGGCCACCACUCAGAGAAGCACCCGAGCUGUUCCAAAGGCUCCAACUUCUCAACCUGCCACCAUGAGUUCUGAUAGUAAUAACCCCACGACUCCGAUUAAGGCUUCAGGAGAUGCAUCAAAAGCGUUUUCUCUACAGUUUGGGUCCAUAAGUCCUGGUUUCAUGAAUGGAAUGCAGAUUCCAGCUAGAACUAGCUCAGCACCCCCAAAUUUGGAUGAGCAGAAACGUGAUCAGGCAUGCCAUGAUUCUUCUUUUAGAUCUGUACUGGAUAUGCCAAUUCCUGCUCCUAAACAGCAGCAACCAAUAAAUGAUUCAGUUGCAACUGUUCCAUCUAAAUCCGGGGAGGCUCAUCCAGCGUCCAAGGUCAAAAAAGAUGCACAAGCCUCUGUGGCAUCCCCCACUAACCAGCCACAGAAGCCAUCCCUUCUUAGUUUGCCCUUGAACCCUAUGCAGAUGCCAUUUAAUCACCAGCCACAGGUUUCCAUGCAAUUUGGGGGACCGAGUCCGAUUCAGUCUCCUACUUCAAUUCAAAUGCCAAUGCAUAUACCUAUGGGAAAUGCACCUCAGGUGCAGCCGCCAGUUUUUGUUCCAGGUCUUCAGGCUCAUCCAUUAUCACCUCAGGGAAUGAUGCAUCAGGGUCAGGGCUUGAGUUUCUCACCACCCAUAGGUGGGCAGCUUCCUCCCCAUUUGGGCAACUUGGGAAUGGGUAUCGCCCCUCAGUAUCCUCAACAGCAGGGAGGGAAGUUUGGUCUUCCUCGUAAAACUACCCCUGUUAAGAUUACUCAUCCUGACACUCAUGAAGAAUUAAGGCUUGAUAAACGAACAGAUACAUAUCCAGAAGGUGGGCCAUCAGGUCCAAGGUCUCAUCCUAAUGUGCCUUCUCAAUCCCAGCCAAUUCCGUCAUUUGCACCUUCUCAUUCAAUCAACUAUUAUUCCAAUUCCAUGUUUUAUCCGCCACCAAGUUCUCUUCCAUUCUCUAGUAGCCAGAUAUCACCUAAUGCCCAAGGGCUGAGAUUUAACUAUCCUGUUAGCCAGGGUCAUCAGAACAUUUCUUUUAUGAACACAGCAGCAGCCCAUGGUUCAGUACCAGGUUCGGUACAGGUUACGGUUAAGCCAGCCUCUGUUUCUCUUGGAGAAAAGGUUGCAGAUUCCUCGUUGUCAAGCAGCUUACCUGCUGUUGAAAAAGUUUGGUCCCUCAAACCUUUAAUUCCGGCUAGCGAGAUUAGCUUAUCUCAGGCUCAAAGGGAAUUGGAUGCUUGUCAGGGGAGCACUGUACAGCAGCCAAAACCUGGAACUGAAUCUUUAACAUCCAAGUCGUUAUCAGCUGCAGCUAAACAUUCCGGGGUGGUUCCAGCAACUAACUUGGAUGAAAGCCUGCCAUCUAACUCUGUAUCCUCUGCCCCUGCUGCCACAUCUGAGGAGUCUAUGCAUGUCAUUGCCAGUAAUGAAGGUAGGAAGGAGAGUUUGGUUAAGUCCAUCUCUAUAAAAGAUCAUCAGAAGAAAAUGAGCAAGAAAGGACUUAUUCAGCCAACAAAUCAGUCUACGUCAGCAACCGGUGUGGCUUCCCACACUGCAGAGCACGGUAUUUCCUCCGGCAGUGCAGUUUCUGAAACUAUUGAGGCUAAAACAGCUCUAACAUCAUCAUCAGCUGUUAGGGAUGAUUCAGCUCCUUCCGUGGAGCUGAAGACAGAAAGCAAGAGAGAAGGCUUAACCUGUGUUUCAUCUGAUGUUUCUGGUACUGGAAGUAAUGUUGAUAGCUUGAAACUGGUUCAGGAUGAGCAACUGAAACCUGAAACUAGUGGAAUUAAGGUUGAAGAAGGAAAAACUUUACUUGAAGAGCACUUAACAGAUAAUGCUACUCUUGAGAUUCCUUCUCAACCAUCUCCCCUGAACUCUAAGGAGCUUAAGUCUAAUAAGGGAUCUGCCUUGAAGGCAAUAGCUACCAGCAAUGUUCCAACCUCAGGAACUUCACAGAAGGUUCUGAAUGAAGAUGUAGGGGGUAACUUAGAAAAUGAGAGAUUCACUGAUAGUAGGGAUGUCUCUUCCUCUAGAACUGCUGAAACUACAGAUGUUAAAGGUUCUCACGUUGAUAAUACCAUUGCUUCUGCUGCUGGUAGCAAUGAAAUCACUGUUACUAAAUCUUUUGCAUCAGACCAGCAGUUUGAUCCUGUCCUAGCUGUUGAUCUCUCAGAACCAACUUUAAAAUACGAAAGGGAAGGUGUUCAGGUGCCUAGUUCAAACAAAACUGUGCCAGAGGUCGGUAGGACAAAAAGUAAUACAAUUAGAGGGAAGAAAAAAAGAAAAGAAAUACUUCAGAAAGCAGAUGCUGCUGGGACAACUUCUGAUCUCUAUAUGGCAUAUAAAGGCCCUGAGGAGAAGAAAGAGACAGUAGCAAGUGCGGAAAGCAAUUCCGUCGGUCUUAAUUUGAAGCAGACAUCUCGUGAGACCCCUCAUGCAGAUGCCAUAGAAAGUGAGAAAAUUGCACACAUAAAAGCUGAACCAGAUGAUUGGGAAGAUGCUGCUGAUAUCUCUACAACAAAAUUAGGAACUUCAGAUAAUGGUGAAAAGGCUCAUGGAAGGCUUGGAAAUCAUGAGAAAGAUGGAAGUGGAAAUAUAGCAAAGAAGUAUUCCAGAGAUUUCCUGCUUAAGUUUGCAGAAAAGUGUACUGAUCUUCCAAAUGGAUUUGAGAUUGCUUCUGAUAUUGUAGAGGCCUUGAUGGUUACCAAUACCAAUUCCAAUGCUUCUCACUUUGUUGAGCGUGAUUCAUACGGUAGUUCGGGAAGAAUAAUGGAUAGACAAUUCAGUGGAUCUCGACAAGAUUGCCGUGCUGGUGGAAUGGCUGAUGAUGACAGAUGGAUUAGACAAUCUGGUUCUUUUGGCCCUGGAAGGGAUUUGCGCCUUGAUCUUGGUUAUGGUGCUGCUGCAGGUUUUCGGCCUGGUCAAGGAGGAAACUUUGGUGUUCUUCGGCACCCACGUGGGCAAGCACCUCUGACAUAUGUUGGAGGGAUCCUUGCUGGCCCAAUGCAACCUAUGGGUCCACAAGGAGGUAUGGCACGCAAUAAUCCUGAUUCAGACAGAUGGCAGCGAGCUUCUAACUAUCAGCAAAAGGGGUUGAUUCCUUCUCCACAAACUCCUUUGCAGAUGAUGCACAAAGCUGAAAGGAAGUAUGAAGUGGGUAUAAUAACUGAUGAGGAAGAAUCCAAGCAAAGACAAUUGAAAGCCAUUUUGAACAAACUAACUCCACAAAACUUUGAGAAGCUCUUUGAGCAGGUAAAAGCAGUAAACGUUGACAACGCAGUUACACUCACUGGUGUUAUCUCACAGAUCUUUGACAAAGCUUUGAUGGAGCCUACUUUCUGUGAAAUGUAUGCGAACUUCUGUUAUCAUCUGGCAGGAGAGUUACCUGAUUUUCGUGAAGACAAUGAAAAGAUAACUUUCAAGAGAUUGCUACUGAAUAAGUGCCAAGAGGAAUUUGAGAGAGGAGAGAGAGAGCAAGAAGAAGCAAAUAAAGUUGAGGAAGAGGGUGAGGCUAAGCAGUCUGAAGAGGAAAGAGAGGAGAAGAGAAUAAAGGCACGGAGACGAAUGUUAGGUAACAUUAGACUUAUUGGGGAGUUGUACAAGAAGAAAAUGUUAACUGAGAGAAUAAUGCAUGAAUGCAUCAAGAAACUACUUGGUGAGUAUGAGAAUCCUGAUGAGGAAGACGUUGAGGCAUUGUGCAAAUUAAUGAGUACGAUUGGAGACAUGAUUGACCAUCCAAAAGCAAAGGUGCAUAUGGAUGCUUAUUUUGAAAGGAUGGCAAAGUUGUCAAACAAUAUGAAACUGUCUUCUAGGGUUAGAUUCAUGUUGAAGGAUGCCAUUGACCUGAGAAAGAAUAAAUGGCAACAGAGGAGGAAAGUUGAAGGACCUAAAAAGAUUGAGGAAGUGCAUCGAGAUGCUGCUCAAGAGCGCCAAGCACAAACCAGUAGGCUUGCUCGUGGUCCUGGCAUCAAUGCUGGUACAAGAAGAGCACCCAUGGAUUUUGCUCCACGAGGGUCUAUGUUAUCUUCCCUUGGCUCUCAGAUGGGUGGUUUUAGAGGGCCAACCGCCCAAGUUCGUGGAUUUGGUGCUCAGGAUGUUCGCAUGGAUGACAGGCAGUCUUUUGAGGCUAGGACUUUGUCAGUUCCCUUGCCUCAAAGACCAAUGGGUGAUGAUUCUAUUACUUUGGGCCCCCAAGGAGGUCUUGCUAGAGGGAUGUCUUUUAGAGGACCACCAGGGGUAUCCAGUGCUCCCUUAGCUGAUGUUCCUCCAGCUUCAGGAGAUUCAAGAAGAGUAGCCACUGGUUUGAAUGGUUUUAAUGCUCCCUCCGAGCGAGCUACUUAUGGUUCUAGGGAGGAUCUGAUUCCAAGAUAUGGGACAGAUAGAUCUGCAGUGCCUGCUACUUAUGACCACUUGAGCUCCCAGGAACGUGGCCUGAAUUCUGGUAAUAGGGGUCCCGAUAACAGCUUUGAUAGAUCUUCUGCAGCUUCUGCUGCAGGCCAAAGAUCCAGUUUCACUCAAAAUGUUCCUCCAGAAAAGGGCUGGUCUGAGGAGCGUCUGAAUGAUAUGUCUAUGGCAGCAAUUAAAGAAUUUUACAGUGCUAGAGAUGAGAAAGAAGUUGCUUUGUGCAUCAAAGACUUGAAUUCUCCGAGCUUCCAUCCCUCAAUGAUUGCUCUUUUUGUAACGGAUUCUUUCGAGAGAAAAGAUGUUGAACGUGAUCUGUUGGCCAAGCUACUUGUGAAUCUGACAAAGUCUCAUGAUGGUGUGCUGAGCCAAGUUCAACUCGUUAAAGGGUUUGAAUCUGUUCUCAGCACAUUGGAGGACGCUGUAAAUGAUGCUCCAAAAGCUGCAGAAUUUCUUGGUCAAAUCUUUGCCAAACUGAUAAUGGAAAAUGUGAUAUCCCUGAAGGAAAUCGGGCAUUUAAUACAUGAGGGUGGGGAGGAGCUAGGGCGUCUUCUGGAAAUUGGACUUGCCGGGGACGUUCUUGGAAGCACACUGGGAGCAAUUAAAGCAGAGAAAGGAGAAAGUGCGUUUAAUGAAAUUCGAGCAAGCUCCGAUUUGCGAUUGGAGGACUUUCGGCCACCAGAUCCUAAAAAAUCAAGGUUAUUAGAAACUUUUCUUUAGAGGAUAAAUAAUAAUUUUUGUAUUUUUGCUUAGAGAAGAAAUUCAAAGUCUAGUGCUUUAGGGUUUUGCUUAUGGGUUCUGGAUUUCUUCUACUAGGCUACUUUUUGGUAUUAUUAUUGUUAUUUCUUGGAAAUAUUCAAUGCAAUUAUGAAAUAUCAAAUUUUUAGCUUCCAAA